UUCCUGCUGCAUCACAACAGCCGUUAGCAGCUCGAGUAGCACCAGUGACCGGGGGGGGAACGGAUCAGGAUAUCCACCGCUAAUUCAUUGAUAAAAUAACUCCCUGGACGUUGCGGCACUCAACAACAUCCUAACACGGGGGUAACCGACAGGAACUGGUUGCAGUGCGAUAACCCCGCUCCAGCUGUUGGGAUAUGGCCAGGCCGGAACAGGUUCUGCUCUUGGAGCCUCAGCACGAACUGAAAUUCAGAGGUCCAUUCUCAGACGUGGUCACCACAAAUCUCAAGCUCUCCAACCCCACAGACAGGAAUGUGUGUUUCAAGGUGAAGACGACAGCACCGCGCCGGUACUGUGUGCGGCCAAACAGUGGAAUCAUCGAUGCAGGCACCUCAAUCAAUGUAUCAGUUAUGCUGCAGCCUUUUGACUACGACCCCAAUGAGAAGAGCAAACACAAGUUCAUGGUCCAGUCCAUGCUAGCACCUCCUGAUAUGACUGACAUGGAGGGAGUGUGGAAGGAGGCUAAGCCAGAGGAGCUAAUGGACUCCAAGCUGAGGUGUGUUUUUGAGAUGCCAGUGGAGAACGAAAAAACGCAUGACAUGGAAUCCAACAAGAUGAUGUCGUCCAGCUUGCUGAAGUCAGACUCCUCUGCGCUGCCUGCGAAGUCACUGAGCUCCACCCUUGAUGACGGGGAGGUAAAGAAGAUCAUGGAGGAGUGUAAGAGGCUGCAGAUGGAGGCUCAGAGGCUACGGGAAGAAAACAAACAGAUCAGGGAGGACGAUGGCCUGCGGAUGAGGAAGAGUAACGUGAUGUCGUCUCAGCACCCCUCAGUUGGCAUCAAGAAAGAGGAAGGGUUGAGCGCCCGCACGGUGGCCCUCAUCAUGCUUUUCUUUGUGGUGGGCGUCAUCGUGGGCAAGUUGGUCUUGUAGAGUGCAGAGCAGUCCAGUCGGCUGCAGCAUGCUUCCGGGGGAUGAAAACAAAACACAGGAUCUUGGGAUUUUGGAUCAGAAAAUGUCAUAUCCGCUGGGUGGGGGGUGGUACAAGUUUUGAUUCAAUCUGAUUUAUGUAAAAAAAAAUUUCAAAAGGUAAUGUAUGAGAAAAAAAAAAGAAAAAACAAUCUUAUGAACAAACCUACUGUUACAGGUCUUGCCUCUACGUAAUCAUCACAUAAUCAUUCUGGCCCUCUUCCCAAAGUUUCAUGUAUACAGAUGACUGGUUCUGUGGGGGGGGGGUAAUGGAAAAUGAUUUAAUGCUAGUGAUUCAGACCAAUGGAUUUUCUAACACUGGCGAGGUAGUGUUGGUGCGAUUGAGUCCGUUUUGCAAUUGUGUGAAUGUCAUUUUAGUGUAUUGUUGUUUCUUUUUCUAAAUUACGGAGGCCAGAGCCUAUGUAUAUGUAUACGUAACCCCCCCCCCCACUUUAUAGUAUAUCCAGGUGUUCCUUCCAGCUAAACCCCCUUUAAGGAAGGGAUUUACCAGAGAGAUGAUCCACACAGUCGCGGUUUCACACAGGGCUAUCAAACUGACUGCUCCAAUCAGAGGCUUUGUAAAAUUGGCUUGUCUUUGAUUGUAGAACAACCUUGAUCGGUGUAUGAAACACUAUUCCAUAGGUAUUUUCUUUCCUCGUGUCCUUUUUAUUUUCAGUCUACCUUAUUCCUGUCACCUGUCACUAGGCGUUCACCACAUCCCUGCUUGUCAAAGGGGGAUGUUUGAUUGCAUGCGUUCACACAGAGUGUUGCAUCUGGACUUUGAAUCUAAUUUAAUUGCUUUUAUAAUGGUGAUGAUAAUAAUAAUAAUGUCAUUUGGCUGUAGGUUUGCACAACUACGUUUUCUGAUUUUUCUUUUUCUCUCUCUUCUGUUUUGUUGCAUUUUUAUGAUUUUGAGUAAUUUUUUUUGUUGUUGUUGUUGUUAGGGUUGAAGCAUUUAAGAAUAUUGCAGCUACCUGAAAUGAGAUUUGUGGGAUUGGAUCAUUGCUGUAAAUGUUCUCCAGAUGAAAGCCUUGCCUUGUGACCUGUUUGGGGCAAGUUAUUCUCAGGCCAAGAAGGAGAUAUAUAUACAGUACAUUAAC